AUGAAUCGCUUGGAUGCACUUGAACCACAGUGGCCACCCGGGUCAUUAUUGCGGGAGGAUAACACGAAUGAGAACCAUAGUCGAGCAAUUGUGUUGAAGGCACAAAAGGCAAAAUCAUGGAAUCCUCUCAAGCUUCUUGCUAUUAGCUCCAUCUCUAUAGCGCUAUGGGUUGCGAUAAGAGCAAGAGACUUAAUCCAGCCUCAAGAUAUCGACCCAUUGGACUUUGCGGCUCGAACGACCAAAGUGUUAUCGGAGAUACCUCUCAUAGACGGACAUAACGAUCUCCCGUUUCUUGUUCGACUACAACUCAACAAUCAGAUUUAUGGCGACAAUCUUCCAUUUGGCCAUGGACUUGCGUCACAUACAGACCUUAAGCGGAUGCAGCAAGGCAAAGUGGGUGGACAGUUCUGGUCUGUCUUUGUAGAGUGUCCCAAAAUACUUCAUCUUGACGAUCCAAAUCAUAGCGUUCGUGACACCCUUGAGCAGAUUGAUGUUGCAAAGCGCUUGGUAGCGGAAUACAGCGAGCUACAGUACUGCGAGACAGCAGCAUGUGCUAGGCAAGCCUUCAAAUCAAAGAGAAUAUCUUCUAUGCUGGGCGCCGAAGGACUUCACCAGAUCGGUUCAUCUAUUGCCGUGAUUCGGCAAAUGUAUGAGCUCGGAGUGCGCUAUAUAACUCUAACUCAUAACUGUGACAAUGCAUUCGCUACUGCAGCCACUACAGUAACCAACACAGGUAAAGAUAGUGGACUGAGUGAUUUUGGACGCGCUGCGAUUCGCGAAAUGAACCGACUAGGCAUGAUGAUAGACCUCUCCCACACGUCUCACCGAACAAUGCGAGAUACCAUAGCUGUGACUCGGGCACCGGUGAUAUUCUCCCACUCAGCGUGCUAUGCGAUUGCGAAGAGUUUGAGAAAUACCCCUGACGACGUUCUCCAAAUGCUCCCGCAAAAUGGUGGCCUUAUCAUGAUCUUUUUUGCGAACAAGUUCAUUCGACCUGACAACCCGGAGAAAGCCAGUUUAGAAGAUGUGGUGGAUCACAUAUUCCAUGCUGCCUCCAUCGCCGGCUGGGAUCAUGUUGGAAUUGGCAGUGAUUUUGAUGGGACACCUAGCGUUGCUAAUGGAAUUGAUGAUGUCUCGGCAUACCCGAAGCUCAUUGAAGCUAUCAUGCGACGCGGUGCAACGGAUGAGCAGGUGAAAAAGCUAGUGGGAUUAAAUAUUCUGCGUGUUUGGGCGGAAAAUGAGAUUGUGUCGGCUCAAAUUCAGGAUAUGAAUUCACACGAUAAGGGGCGGUCCCCGCUUCUCAUACCGCCCCCCAUCUUCUUCUCCUGUCUUGCGAUCAUCGGCAACCUUGCGCUCGGUGUGUUGGACGAGACAUCCCCCAUGAGUCAAUCCUCGGGGAUGCAGCAUCAGCUGUCUUUUAAUUCUCCAUCCAUGCUAGAAGCCAUCCGGCCAACUCUCCAACCAAAUAGCCACCCAAAUAAGGGCUAUCAAGGCUCUUCUUCUUUGGACUCACUAUUAGGCAACGUGCGCCAGCAAACCAUGUUGCUUGGGGAUUUGGAGGCCGGUUCGACCUUGCUUCCGGUCGGGCGGGAUGAUGAGGGGCCAGCUUACUCUACGACUCAUUUCAUGAACAAUGCUUCGACAAUCGAGGGAGCACAGUUGUUGGAAACACUUACCAACUCCAAAAUACACAACACCAUUGACCGCUUCUUCUCUGACUGGAAGGGAAACGGACUCGAGUCCCAUGUUGGUGCCUUCCUCAUUCAGCCAUUUGCUGAUGCAGUUAUUGGAGAAAUUGUCGCUCUACAGCAUUCUCAAAAUGUUCGACCCGAUCUGUUAGCCUUGUCCCAGCGUUUGUUUGAAAAUAGCAGCCGCGCUGUGGAUAUACAUCGUUUGAUGACGCUGCAGGGCUUCAUCGACCAAUAUACGGGUGCGAAUCUCCGCUGGGAGACAAUGGGGGUAAUCCUCACACUUGUUGGUAUUGCCGCAACUGAGUUUCGUGCACCAUAUCCUCUGUACCGAACCGAACAAGAACGACAGACACUUAGGAUGAACCUGAUUCAAUUUGGAAACAAAUGUGCAAUCUUUUGCGAGACAUUGGAUGUCCUCAACGACGUUCAUAUUCUCUUUCUAUAUCAGACGUUCCAGGUGCAGUCUGUUUUUUACGGAGACCAAAGUCUUAAAACGUGGCGUCGACUCAACGACGCAGCCUGUGCUCUACUCGCCGCUGGACUUCACGAAAGCAUCCAAGAAGCACGCGAUAUUCCGUUCUUUCUGGGUGAAGUACGAAAACGUAUCUUUUCCCGCUUAUACAGUAUCGAUAUCAGCUUAGCGACAUUUCUCGGACGACCACCACGCAUGAGCAAAAAGUUUUGCUGUAUCAACUUACCUCUCGAUAUUGACGAAAGAUGUUAUUCCCUCUCGGACCCUACUCUUAGUAGAGAGCUGGAAAAGCUUGACCAGGCCGGAUGGAACUCGCAGGGUCACAUCCGAGCGAGCGCAGUUAUGCGAUGGUCAACUAUUACAGCAAUGAUUCGAGAAGAGACCUUGGAAUUACUUCUGGGAGGCAACAUAUCUAAUAUGCAACGGCGAAUAAUUGACUUGCACGACGACAUCAACGAGGCAUGGGAGAACCUCCCCUCCUUUCUAAGGGUGUCAUCUCACGAACUUUGGGAUAGCCAAAGGCCCCGCCCAGAAUUGGAAUGCUUACAUAUGGUUCGAAUUUUAUAUCUACAGUCUGCAUUCUUGAUUGAGUGGGCAGCGUGGCGGCAUGGAAUUCAACAGUCAAGCUUAUUUCGGUCUGCAUUGGAACUGAUUUGCUCAGUCAACGACGCUUUGAUCCGACGGGAACAACUGCCAAACCUGGGCUUUAUAUCUCUAGCCUGGAGAGUGGCAUCAUGUGCUCUCCCAGCGGCGGGGGCCCUCGCACUAUACCUUCUGCAACCAUCGUCCCGAUGUCGGUUCAAGGAACUAGACUCACCGUCUCGACGACGGGUAAUUGAGAAUCUCUCCGUUCUGAUUGCACACAUGGAUAUUUUGCAUAGCCCCAAUGACGGUAAUUUCAAAUUGUUUUCUCAGGCCAAACGCUCUCUCCAGUCUGUUGUGGACAUGCUAUUACAGCCGCUGAGCCCACUUGGCAUGGAGGCGUCAUCUACAAACAUAAAUAGCGAGCUGCCCUCGGCGGACUGGAUGGUGCCUGAUUAUUGUGGAUUCGAUGGCGAUUUCUGGGCGAAUUUUCCCGAUUGCCUCUAUACAGAAGAGAAUAACGAUCAUGCACUUGUAUGA